UAUCGUGACGUCACACUACAGCCACCUCGAAGGAAAUUAUCUGAGAAAGAAGGAAGUCGGUCACAAAGGACAAUAUUAGUAUCAUUUGCCUUUUUGUGAGACUUAGCAAGACUUCUUGAUAUUUGAAAUAACACCUGGAACAUUUCGUUGGUGUUGAAAUCUCGCUUCGUUUGGUGCUGAGCCACACAACGGCAUUCAGGCGAUUGUACUUUUGUCUUCCCGAACGGACGAACUGGAAGCUAUGAAGGAAAUGCCAAUGACACACAUCACCGAUACAACAGGUUUGGCUGAGCUGGCACAUAGAGAGUACCAGGCAGGAGACUAUGAAAACUCGGAGCAACAUUGCAUGCAGUUAUGGAGACAAGAACCAGACAACACUGGAGUAUUGCUACUUCUCAGCUCUAUACACUUUCAGUGUCGUAAAUUGGAAAGGUCAGCUUAUUUCAGUCAACUUGCUAUUAAGCAGAAUUCUAUGCUUGCGGAAGCCUACUCAAACUUGGGAAAUGUAUACAAAGAAAGAAGACAACUCCAGGAAGCAUUGGAAAACUACAGACAUGCUGUCCGAUUAAAGCCUGAUUUCAUCGAUGGUUACAUCAACUUGGCUGCUGCAUUAGUAGCUGCCGGAGACAUGGAGCAGGCUGUCCAAGCUUAUGUAACUGCCCUGCAGUAUAACCCAGACUUGUAUUGUGUGAGGAGUGACCUUGGAAAUCUGCUGAAGGCGCUGGGAAGAUUAGAUGAAGCAAAGGCAUGCUAUUUAAAGGCCAUAGAAACGCAACCUAACUUUGCCGUGGCCUGGAGCAACUUGGGAUGUGUUUUCAAUGCUCAGGGAGAAAUCUGGUUGGCCAUUCACCAUUUUGAAAAGGCUGUUGCUUUAGACCCAAACUUUCUGGAUGCUUACAUCAACCUAGGAAAUGUUUUAAAAGAAGCAAAAAUAUUUGACAGAGCUGUAGCUGCGUAUCUACGAGCGUUAAAUCUAAGUCCGAACCAUGCAGUAGUCCAUGGCAACCUGGCUUGUGUCUACUAUGAACAGGGAUUGAUAGAUCUGGCAAUUGACACAUACAAGAGAGCCAUAAAACUACAACCAAACUUUCCCGAUGCGUAUUGUAACUUGGCCAAUGCUCUGAAGGAGAAAGGAAAGGUGGCUGAGGCAGAAGAAUGUUAUAACACUGCCCUUAAGUUGAGCCCAACACAUGCAGAUUCUCUGAACAACUUGGCCAAUAUCAAACGGGAGCAGGGAAAUACAGAAGAGGCUGCACGAUUAUACCUGAAGGCUUUGGAGGUGUAUCCUGAGUUUGCCGUGGCACAUUCUAACCUGGCCAGUGUCUUACAACAACAGGGUAAACUCCACGAAGCACUGAUGCAUUAUAAAGAGGCUAUUAGAAUCUCACCAACGUUUGCUGAUGCAUACUCUAACAUGGGUAACACACUGAAGGAGAUGCAGGAUAUCCAGGGGGCGCUGCAGUGUUACACGCGUGCCAUACAGAUCAACCCCGCAUUUGCUGAUGCUCAUAGUAACCUGGCAUCAAUUCACAAGGAUUCUGGUAACAUCCCUGAGGCGAUAUCCUCCUACAGAACAGCACUGAAGCUAAAACCAGACUUUCCUGAUGCCUACUGUAACCUAGCCCACUGUCUACAGAUUGUUUGUGACUGGACGGACUACGGUGUGAGGAUGAAGAGACUGGUACGGAUUGUCCAGGACCAGCUGGAGAAGAAUCGUCUCCCCUCAGUCCAUCCUCACCACAGUAUGCUUUACCCACUCACACACCAGAUGAGGAAAAACAUUGCAGUGCGGCAUGCCAACCUCUGUCUGGAAAAGAUAAAUGUGUUGCACAAGCCGGCAUAUGAUCAUGUGACAGACACCAGAGCCAGUGGUGGUCGGCUGAGGAUCGGCUAUGUCAGCUCUGACUUCGGCAACCACCCAACUUCACACCUAAUGCAAAGUAUUCCGGGCUUCCAUGACCGCAAAAACGUAGAGAUUUUCUGCUAUUCCUUGAGCCCAGAUGAUGGUACAUCAUUCAGAACAAAGAUUUCCAGGGAAGCAGAACACUUCAUAGACUUGUCUCAGAUACCAUGCAAUGGGAAAGCUGCAGACAAGAUCCACGCAGACGGCAUACAUAUACUUGUCAAUAUGAACGGCUACACCAAGGGAGCAAGGAAUGAGCUGUUUGCACUGCGACCAGCUCCUGUACAGGUGAUGUGGCUUGGCUACCCAGGGACUAGUGGGGCGUCCUUCAUGGACUACAUACUGACUGACCAGACCACAUCACCUCUCAAGCUCGCUGACCAGUACUCGGAGAAGCUGGCUUACAUGACCCAGACAUUCUUUGUGGGUGAUCACAAACAGAUGUUCCCCCACCUGACGGACAAAGUGAUAGAGGAGGUCAAUGGUGAAGUGUGCGACAACAACAUCGUCUACAACGGUGUUGAUCUGGAGCCACUGAUGAAGACUGGAAAUGUUAACUACACGACAAAUGUAUGUGAGAAAGGCUUCUCAACAGAUGAAACUGACGGGUCUCCGGGUGUAGUCACAUUCAAGAGUAUGACUCUACAAGUAGCACCAGUCCUAGAGGCUAUGAUAAAGAACAGCAUGCCUUACUCCUACAUCAAUAACAUCGGCAUCCAGAAUGGAGUUACAACCACACAGACGAACAACAAGUCAGCAACAGGAGAGGAAGUGCCAACCAACAUCAUCAUCACGGCACGCAGUCAAUACAGCCUGCCCAGUGAUGCGGUGGUGUACUGUAACUUCAACCAGCUGUACAAGAUUGACCCAGACACACUGGACAUGUGGGUGGAGAUCCUGAAGCGUGUGCCCAACAGUGUUCUGUGGCUGCUCCGUUUCCCUGCGGUAGGCGAGCCCAAUGUCGUACAGGCUGCUAUCAAUGCGGGACUUGGCCUAAACCGCAUCAUUUUCUCACCUGUAGCUCCAAAGGAGGAACAUGUACGUCGUGGCCAGCUGGCUGAUGUAUGUCUGGACACACCCCUGUGUAACGGCCACACAACUGGUAUGGAUGUGCUCUGGGCAGGAACUCCUAUGAUCACACUUUUAGGAGAGACACUCGCCUCCAGGGUGGCAUCCUCCCAGCUGUACACACUAGGCUGUCCCGAACUUGUCGCUGAGUCUCGUGACGAUUAUAUCAACAUUGCAGCUAGCCUUGGCUCCGACAAGGAAUAUCUCAAAAGGAUAAGAGCCAAGGUGUGGAAGGCCAGACUGACAAGUCCACUCUUUAACUGUCAACACUACGCAAGCAACAUGGAGGGUCUGUACACCAAGAUGUGGCAGAGGUACGAGGAGGGGCUGGAGCCUGACCACUUGUCUGUCCACUGACAAUUGUGUGUGUAACUGUGAACGUUAUCUGUGAGGCAAUGGACAUUCAGUAUACCAGCUACUGAUGUAUUGUCUAAACACAAUCUGAUCAAUGGAACAAUGCGUCUCAGAACAAUGAAAUGUUAUAAGACAAAAAAUUGUUUAAAAAAAUACAAAGUGUAAAUUUGUGCUUAAAUUUAGUCCAGACUGUUGAUGGAAUGGAAUUGAGCUGAUUGGAAGCAUAAUGGCUACAGAAUCAUGCUUCAUUGCUAUUUAUUUAAUGCAUGUAGUGCUAUUUGCAUUUUAUGGGUGAAUCCUUGCACAUGGCUUGUUUUAGAUAUAUGUAGCUGCAGUCAUUUCUUAAUCAAUCCUUCCAUUUCUUAUAAGAUGGUGAAUGCGAGUGUGCAAGUCGCAUGCAAGAUGUUGAGAAGUUCGAUGUUGAUGGUUUGAAAGUGUGUGUGGAGCUGCAUGUGAUACAAGAAUGAAACCGUGGAUUUGUUUUACUCGCAAUUUUCCUUUUAUUUAAUCCCAGGUUACAUGUACAAAUAAUUUAUAUCUGGUUCGCUGUACAUAUGUAUAUAGCUAUGGAGACCUAUUUGUGUAUAGUGUGUAGUUACAACUGUUCCAUACACUGUGUGAUAUUAGUGUAUAUCUUAACCACAUGGCAAGUCAGAAAUAAAAUGGGGUUCAAAACUU